GGAUCAAGGGGAGGAAAACAUAAAUAUCGACCAGUUACGAGAGAAGGCUAGGCAGGAAAAAGUAUCAUCAGACAUUUUGAGAUUGAAUUAGUGGCAUGGCACAUUGUGGUCAUCUAUUUGAAUAAUAAUACAGUUGUAUUGAUUACAGAAAGAAAUGAUGGCUACGGGUGGAGGGUCAUUCAAAAAUAUGUUGGAUGAUACGGAACGAAGGAUAAUAUCCAUUUUAGGGGACAAUGCCAGACCGUUAGAAAAUCCGUUCGAUGAUGCCAAUAUAUAUUUUGAAUAUCCUAUCCCAGCUGUAGAGACAGAACCCAUUCCUAACCUAGGAGAUCCAGAUCCUAUUCCUGACCAAGGAGUUAAUCCCAUUCCCAACCAAUGCCUUGAUCCAGAACCUUGCGGAGAACUUACCCCUACCUCCUUGCCUCCUGUUACCAGAAAACUUAAAACUAGAGCCCCCUUGAAAAGACCAAUUAGAAAAAAAACCCUUACUCCCAAAGAUAGAUAUUACUUAAAAAAAUUGGAAAAUGCCAAAAUAGAGCAGAAAAUUUUGAAACUGCAACUUCGUAAGUUGCAGCAAAGUUAA